UAAAAAUGUUUUUUUUAAACUAAUAAACAUAUCUUUAUUUUACAUUAGCAGCCUUGUCAUAAGCGCCUUUAGUGCACCUUAUAAUAUUUUUUAAGGAUAAAAAGCAGGUAUUUUCAAUCAUGACAUGACACAUGAAGACAUUUCAUUGAGCUAGUGAAGGUGUGUGUUAUCAAUCAUGCGCUCCUCCAGUGGACUCCAAAGCCCACAACUCUUCCCGUGAUGACGCCGCAGCGCACAACGCGUCUCACGCAACGCUCGGUGUUUUGGAGAACAACGGAAGAUGGCGAGCUCAAACAAUCCGCGAAAAUUCAGCGAGAAAAUCGCCCUGCACAACCAGAAGCAGGCGGAGGAGACCGCGGCGUUUGAGGAGGUCAUGAAAGAGCUGAGCAUCACGCGAGCUGCACGGUUGCAGUUACAGAAGACCCAGUAUUUGCAACUAGGCCAGAAUCGAGCUCAGUGCUAUGGAGGGUCACUGCCCAAUGUCAAUCAGAUUGGGAAUAGCAACACUGACCUCCCUUUUCAGACAGCGGUUUUAGACACCAGUCGGACAUCACGACAUCAUGGCCUGGUGGACCGCGUGUAUCGGGACAGGAACCGCAACGCUUCUCCUCAUCGUAGACCUCUUUCUGUGGACAAGCAUGGACGUCAGAUUGACAGCUGCCCCUACGGCUCCGUAUAUCUGUCACCACCACCUGACACAAGUUGGAGGAGAACCAACUCUGACUCAGCUCUACACCAGAGCGCUGUGAAUCCAGCUCCACAGGAUACUUUUGUUGGUGGAUCUCAGGAACUACAAUCAAAAGGAGUAAAAACUUUGCUGUUGCUCACGCCUCCAGAUACAGAGGACACUGAAUCAGAGAUGGAGAAAGACGAGCCCAAAGCAUCUCUGCAUACAGAGUCAUGUGACGUUCCUGGGAUUCACAUAUUUCCAUCUCCUGAUGAAGAAAUUAAUAGUUCUUUGAUGCCAUCUGCUCACAGCAGUGGCGGCUCCUUACCUGAUCUGACAAACAUCCAGUUCCCUCCUCCUCUCCCCACCCCACUGGAUCCAGAUGACCCCAUUACCUUCCCUACCUCCAGCUCCAGCAGCACCACCAACCUGACACACUUGGGCAUCAGUGCUGCCAGUCAUGUCCCUCCCUCCCCUCCUGCCCAGCACACUGGGCCUGUCUCCUCAUCCAAUAUCAGCACACAGCCGCCUGCCCCCACACUACCACCUGCCAUCUCACCCCAAAUACCCAUCGCACAGCCAAUCAUGAUGGACAGCCUGUCCCUGGAGCAGCAGUUGUCUCAAUACUCACUGCUGAGUUUACUGAACGACCUGCAGAAACAGCCGCACACCUUCCCUCAGAACAUUCGUCUCAUACGCCUCCCGCCUCUCACUGUAAGCUCCACCCCUAACACCACCCAGUCCUCUCUUGCCAGCCAAUCACAGUCAGCCACAAGCGGAGAUGCCAACUCGUACCGCAGUCAGACAGGCUCUUCAGCCAAUCAGUCACCAACAUCUCCAGUGUCCAAUCAGGGCUUCUCACCUGGCGGUUCACCGCAACAUAUUCAGGUGGUUGGAAGCAUCUUUGGGGAUUCAUUCUAUGAUCAGCAACUUCAAUCCAGACAGACCAAUGCCUUAUCCAACCAGCUGGAGCAGUUCAACAUGAAUAUGAUGGAGAAUCCAGGCGGCUCUAGUCACUGUUCAACGCUGAACUACACGCAGGCAGCCAUGAUGGGUUUAACCGGGAGCCACAGCAGUCAGCAGGACAUGCAGCAGCUCGGUUACAGUAGCCAUGGCAACAUCCCCAACAUCAUUCUCACAGUGACGGGAGAAUCUCCACCCAAUCUCUCCAAAGACCUCACCACCUCGUUGGCCAGCGUUGGUGACAUGAGCUUUGACGCAGACUCUCAGUUCCCAUUGGACGAGCUGAAAAUCGACCCGUUGACACUGGACGGACUGCACAUGCUCAAUGAUCCGGACAUGGUUCUGGCCGAUCCGGCCACUGAGGACACGUUCCGCAUGGAUCGACUGUGAACCCGUGAAUGCAAUUCAAAGCAAGACAUUCUGCUGCAUGGCCUCUCAGUUCACCAUCUGGUCAGUGGCCGUCCACGUCCCCCCAAACACCCACGUAACAGCAGGCUGCCAAACCACUCAUGGCCAGGGACUGGUGGUGACGG